GGCGGGAGCCGAGUGCUGUGUCCGUCGCCAUUCCGCAGGCCGUCGCGCUCGCGACCCGGGCCCUUCGCGCCGUCCUGGGACCCCGGACUCCGCCCGCGGCCGGGACCGGUUCAACUUCUUGUCUGUGUUCUGCUUCAUGUACUGUAUGAAGAUGGUGUUUUAGAUUUCUGUGCUUUAGUCAAAAAGCCAUGUAGACUGCCUGCCCUUUGAAGACCACUUUUCAUGUGUCUAGUAAGACAGAUGCAAUAUUGAAAGUUUCCAGAGAAUAUAAUUGUGUGUGUGGUAGCAGAAAGAAGAAUGGAAGUAUUCCAGGAAGUUCGUAAACCAUCAGCACGUUUGGAGUGUGAUCACUGCAGUUUCAGAGGCACAGAUUAUGAAAAUGUACAAAUCCAUAUGGGUAGCAUACAUCCAGAAUUUUGUGACGAAAUGGAUGCUGGUGGAUUAGGUAAAAUGAUAUUUUACCAGAAAAGUGCAAAGCUAUUUCAUUGCCAUAAAUGCUUCUUCACCAGCAAGAUGUACUCUAAUGUAUACUACCACAUCACGUCCAAACAUGCAGCCCCAGAGAAAUGGAAUGAUAAACCAAAAAAUCAGGUGAACAAAGAAACAGAUCUUGUGAAAAACCCUCCUCUUCCUGAACACCAGAAAAUGCCCUCUGAUUCAGCAGAACUCCUGAAACCCAUACCUGCCCUUUCCAUUGAAACACAGAAACUUGGUCCAGUUUUGUCUCCAGAAUCACCAAAACCUACUCCUCUUAUUCCCCUGGAAGCUCAGAAACCUGGCCCUGUUUCUCCUGAGGUACAGACACCUCCUCUUCCUUCUCCUGAGCCUUCAAAAUCUGCCCCUAUUUCUUCUCCUGAACUUCCAAAACCAGUUCCUGUUUCUGAAUCUCAGAAACCUGUCCCUGUUCCUUCUCCAGAACAACAGAAACUUUCCUCUGUGUCUCCUGAGCCAAUAAAGUCUACUCUAAUUAAUCCUAAAUCCCAGAAACAUUCUCAUUUCACAGAAACACUGGGGCCACCUUCAGCCUCAUCUCCGGAGUCACCAGUUUUAGCUGCUUCCCCUGAACCUUGGGGGCCAUCCCCAACUGCAUCUCCAGAAUCUCGGAAGCCAGCCCAGACUACCUCCCCUGAGCCAAGGAAACCAUCCCCAUCGGAGUCUCCUGAACCUUGGAAGCCAUUUCCUGCUGUCUCCCCAGAGCCUAGGAGACCAGCCCCAGCUGUGUCACCAGGAUCCUGGAAGCCAGGGCCACCUGGGUCCCCUAGGCCUUGGAAGUCCAGUCCUUCAGCAUCAUCUGGACCUUGGAAGCCAGCUAAACCUGCUCCAUCGGUGUCUCCUGGGCCUUGGAAACCAAUUCCUUCUUUAUCACCCGGACCUUGGAAACCAGCUCCAUCUGUGUCCCCUGCAUCCUGGAAGUCUUCAUCAGUCUCACCUGGUUCCUGGAAAUCUACCCCUGCGUCUCCUGAGUCAUGGAAGUCUGGCCCACCAGAACUCCGAAAGACAGCUCCCACCUUGUCACCUGAACAUUGGAAGGCAGUUCCCCCAGUGUCUCCUGAGCUUCGCAAACCAGGCCCACCACUGUCCCCAGAGAUCCGUAGUCCAGCGGGAUCUCCAGAGCUCAGAAAACCCUCAGGGUCACCAGACCUUUGGAAAUUUUCUUCUGAUCAGCGGAAAACUUCUCCUGCUUCACUUGAUUUUCCUGAGUCCCAGAAAAGUUCCUGUGGUGGUUCUCCGGAUCUCUGGAAGUCUUCCUUUUUUAUUGAUCCUCAGAAACCUACUGUCUUCCCUGAGACCCGGAAGCCAGGUCCUUCUGGGCCAUCUGAGUCCCCCAAAUCAGCCUCGGAUAUCUGGAAGCCUGUCCUCUCUAUCGAUACUGAGUCUAGAAAACCUCUGUUUCCUGAGCCUACCAAAACAGCCCCUCCUGUUUCUCCUGAACCACGAAAACGUGCUCUUUUUCCGGAGCCCCGGAGGCAUACCCUUUUCCCCGAACUUCCCAAAUCUUCUAUAUUCUCAGAAUCUCAAAAGGCAGUUGAGCUUGGUGAUGAACUACAAAUAGAUGCUGUAGAUGAUCAAAAGUGUGACAUUUUGGUUCAGGAAGAACUUCUAGCUACACCUAAGAAACUCUUAGAAGACACUUUAUUUCCUUCAAAGAAGCCCAAGAGGGAUAACCAAGAAAACUCGGAUGCUGAGCUCAGUAGUAGUGAGUACCUAAAAACAGAUCUGGAUGCAGUAGAUGUUAAGGGCCAGGAAUCGAGCAGUGAUCAAGAACAGGUUGAUGUGGAGUCUGUUGAUUUUAGCAAAGAGAACAAAAUGGACAUGGCUAGUCCAGAGCAGUCCAAAAAUGUACUUCAGUUCACUGAAGAAAAGGAGGCUUUUAUUUCUGAAGAGGAGAUUGCGAAAUAUAUGAAGCGUGGAAAAGGAAAGUAUUAUUGCAAAAUUUGUUGCUGUCGUGCCAUGAAAAAAGGUGCUGUUUUGCAUCAUUUGGUUAAUAAGCAUAAUGUCCAUAGUCCUUACAAAUGCACAAUUUGUGGAAAGGCUUUUCUUUUGGAAUCUCUCCUUAAAAAUCAUGUAGCAGCACAUGGGCAAAGUUUACUUAAAUGUCCGCGUUGUAAUUUUGAGUCAAAUUUCCCAAGAGGCUUUAAGAAACAUUUAACCCAUUGUCAAAGCCGACAUAACGAAGAAGCAAAUAAAAAGCUAAUGGAAACUCUUGAACCGCCACUGGAGGAGCAGCAGAUUUGAUGUGUAAACACCGUGUGAGUAUUUGCUCUAAAAAUUUUUGUUGAAACCAUUCUUUGAACGUGCAGUGUAUUGAAUGGUCUGGUUGGAUCGGUAGAUGAUAUGUACUGUGUACUGUGUUUAAUUAUCUCGGUAGUGUUAAAAACAAUAAGCAUUUGGUUAUUUUUCAUGGUCUCUGUUUAUGUCGCUAUCUUGUAAAUCAAUAAAUUCCUACUGUUAUUCCAGAUGGAUAAAACUUCUCACUUCUUUUAAAUAUAUUUGAAUGAUAAUACAAAGGGAUAGACAUUCCAUUUAAUAAUCAAGAACAGGUUAUACUCAAAACAUCUAGUUAAAAUGUAUUUUUGUGUGUGUGAAACUAAUUUCAGACAAUAGAAAUCAUUAGUUGGAAUGUUUAAGAAUUAGGCAUGAAAAAUAAAUUUGAGAUUUUGCUCCCUUUCCUUAAGGUGUAUUUUGAGAUCAUAAGAGUUAUUUUCUAUUUGUGUAAAAUUAGUUUAUAAAUCUUGAGCAGUUUCUUGAUGUUUAUUAGCUUUUAUGUCAUGGAAAGUUAGAGUCUCAGGGUUGCUGAUUUUCUGCUAAUGGGGAAAAUUGAGUAAGUUUUUAAAAUAGUGUGCAGCCUUCUCCUACAGGAGACUAAGAGAAAGAUAAGUAUGAUUGCAAGUCUUUCUUUUUCUUUUUUUUUUUUUUUUGUCUUUUUCGUGACUGGCACUCAGCCAGUGAGUGCACCGGCCAGUCCUAUAUAGGAUCCGAACCCGCGGCGGAAGCGUCGCAGCGCUCCCAGCGCCGCACUCUACCAAGUGCGCCACGGGCUCGGCCCUAGUCUUUCUUGUCUUCAGUUGUUUCCUGUGGAGUCUUCCAUUGUACUCUAAGAUCUGGCAUUUCACUUCCCUGCCAGCUCACCUUAAUUGCCAAAUGUGUUAGAGGAGCUUGUAUCUCCUACUCCUGGGCCUUACACAUCGCCUGUUGGGGCUUAAGACCAGGGUAAUGAGUAGGAACUGAAAGUCUUCCAGAUUCACAAUAGAAAAUUUUAUGAAUAGACAUUGCUGUUUGAGAAAUACAUCAAUUUUGUUUUUCACAGUUCUGUUACUAUUAAUACCUUGUACCUGUUCAUGGAUUAUUUUAUUCUGAAAUAUUUUGCCAAAUGUGUGUCAACUAAAUUAAAAACAAAGGCUUUCAUGUCAGCAGUGUCUUUGUGUAUGGGUUUUU